UGCCACCAGUUGUGGGUUGAACAUUCAUCAGAAGUGGGCUGAGCCGAUUCGCACAAACGAAAAGUAUCCAGAAGUUUGUUAGAUUUUUCAGCAGAAUGGCAUUCAAUAAGUUGAGCAUCGAAAAUCUAGAUUUGGCUGGAAAACGCGUACUGAUGCGCGUUGACUUCAAUGUGCCAAUUAAGGAGGGUAAGAUUACCAGCAAUCAGCGCAUUGUAGCCGCAUUGGAUAGCAUUAAGUUGGCGCUCUCCAAGAAGGCGAAAUCUGUGGUACUAAUUUCUCAUCUGGGUCGUCCAGAUGGCAAUAAGAACGUUAAAUAUACAUUGGCACCCGUUGCUGAUGAAUUGAAGACGCUCUUGGGUCAAAAUGUGACAUUCCUGAAUGAUUGUGUCGGCAACGAAGUGGAGGCUGCCUGCAAAGAUCCAGCGCCUGGUAGUGUAAUUCUCUUGGAGAAUGUGCGCUUCUAUGUGGAGGAAGAGGGCAAAGGUGUGGACGCCAGUGGUGGCAAGGUGAAAGCUGAUCCAGCCAAGGUCAAGGAGUUCCGCAGCAGCUUAGCUAAGUUGGGUGAUGUUUAUGUCAACGAUGCUUUCGGCACAGCGCAUCGUGCCCACAGCUCGAUGAUGGGUGAUGGCUUCGAAAAGCGUGCAGCUGGUCUGCUGCUCAACAAGGAGCUGAAGUACUUCUCACAGGCUCUGGAUAAGCCACCAAACCCCUUCUUGGCCAUUUUGGGUGGUGCUAAGGUCGCUGACAAAAUUCAGCUAAUUGAAAAUCUGCUUGAUAAGGUCAACGAGAUGAUAAUUGGUGGUGGCAUGGCCUUCACUUUCCUAAAAGUUUUGAACAACAUGAAGAUUGGUGGCUCCCUGUUCGAUGAAGAGGGUUCCAAGAUCGUACAGAACCUGGUCGACAAAGCAAAGAAGAAUAAUGUGCAAUUGCAUUUGCCUGUAGAUUUUAUCUGUGGCGAUAAAUUCGCAGAGAAUGCAACUGUCAGCGAAGCUACCGUUGAGAGUGGCAUUCCCGAUGGUCACAUGGGUCUGGAUGUGGGUCCCAAGACGCGUGAGUUGUUUGCAGCACCAAUUGCACGCGCCAAGCUUAUUGUAUGGAACGGACCUCCCGGCGUUUUCGAGUUCCCCAACUUUGCCAACGGCACGAAGGCAAUCAUGGAUGGUGUGGUGGCAGCUACCAAGAAUGGAACUAUCUCCAUUAUUGGGGGUGGCGACACUGCCUCUUGCUGCGCCAAGUGGAAUACUGAAGCUCUCGUAUCGCAUGUGUCAACAGGCGGCGGCGCAUCUCUGGAGCUUUUGGAAGGAAAGACACUGCCAGGUGUGGCUGCUUUGUCGAAUGCUUAAGCGCACAGUCACCCCCUAUUUAUAUAGACCUCACAACUCAACUCACUACUGAUGUAUGUUACCGAUAUCUCUCUUCAUGCAAUAUUUAUGUAAUAAUCGUGUCCAGGCUUUUUCUUGUUGCCGGAUGCGUUUAAUUCGUAAGCCCAAAGUUCAAUAUUAUUGUUAUUAUCAAACAGUGGCAGGACACGAAUACAAUAAAGCGAAAUUAAGUUAAAGAAGUUA